UUUAUAGUCCCGGGCAAGUGGCCAGAGUGGGAGGGGCUGGAGCCCAGAGCAGGAAAGCCUCCUUCCCGGCCCGGCUCAGGGCAGGUAAUUCCUGAUCAAUGCAGCAGGAUCGGCCCCGGCAGCCUGCUCCCAGCAGACCAGACUCUGGUGACACAAUGGAGGGACAGGGCCCAUCCACUGGGAAAGAUUUUGCUGCCCCCCGAGCUGACCCUGCAGGGAGAGCCCCACACAUGGGAUCCGAUGGGCCAGGGGUGACAGACCCAGCCCUCACGCUCAGCUCCCCCUGCCGCUUCUUCUUGGAGGGCGGUUGCCGCUUUGGCGCCCGCUGCCGGAACCUCCACCCCGGCGCCCCAGCCGGCACCCCCCAGCUGCCCCCCGGGCCCAGCAGCAAGAAACCCUCCAGCAAGAAGCCCCCCAUGAAGACAGCAGGGGAUGUCAUCGCCCGCAUCCUCUGGGACCGCCAGCUGCUGCCUGGCGAGUUCACCGUGGGCCACCUGGACCGCUUCUCCGGCGUGCGGGAAGACGCCUUCACAGCCUUCUGCUGGGAGGACCUGGCCUCGGUUGGGCCGGAGGUACUGGCCAUACCCCAGCACAGGAUCCAAUACUUCAAAUAUCGCGGCCGCGUGGUGUGGGACAAAGCCAGCCGGCUGGAUGACGUCUUCGGCUCCACCGGCGGUGGCCGGACCAUCCUGGAGGUGAUGGAGGAAGAGGCUGGGCACCAGCAGGCCGUGGGAAUGGGGGACGGCGGAGCCCGGGUGCCGGAGGAGGCUGUAGCUCCGGAGAGCGAAGAGAAGGAGGAAGAUGAUGAAGCUGAGCCUGGAGCUCAGAGCCAUCCCCCAGCAGCCCCCCGUCCCACCCAUUUCGUGGCCGUGCGCAUCACCAGCCCGGAGCUGCGGGGCUCAGUGGCCCAGUUCCAGGCGGCCCUAAGCCAGGCCGACCCUGGCUUGGCUGAGUUCUGCGCCCCACUGGCUACCCUCCACCUCACCCUCUGCCUCCUCCGGCUGGACGGCGCUGGCGAGAUGCAGGCGGCCGUCACCGCCCUGCGGGAGCUGCAGGCUGAGCACCGGCGCCUCCUGCCACCUGCCCCACUCCUGCACUUCCGGGGCCUGGACACCUUCCAGCACCGGGUGCUGUAUGCUGCUCCUGCACCCAGCCCGGAGCUGGCAGGGCUGGCCCACGCCCUGGAGCGGGGCUUUGCCUGCAAGGGGCUGACCGUCGUCCCGCUCCUGGCCCACGAUUGUUUCCAUCUCACUGUGGCCAAGAUCCCGGUGGGUGGGAAGUCGAGGCUGAGCCUGCCCCUGGAGGCCCCCGGGGAGGAGCUGGGGACCCAGGCCGUGGAAUCGCUGUGUCUGUGCCAGGUGGGUGGGGGCAGACGAACCGACGGGUUUUACAGCACCCUCGUGGAGCUGGAUCUGUACUGAGGGGGCACCCCACGCCAGUCCCCAAAUCCCA